AUGUUAUUUACAAUCGACUUGAAUCGCUUUUGGGCACAAAACACGGGGCCUAUGGCAUGGGACUUCCGUUUAAUGAACAGGAACAGGAAGUUCCUCACAAUCUGAAAUGGCAAAAUAAAAACAUCCUGUACUGAAGAAAAUUUUGAAAAAUAUACAUGCUACGUUUCCGAACAAGUAGGCAAAAAUAAAUAAAUCGUGUUAAUUUUAUCGAAUUGAUCUUCAAAUUUUAAUUUGUCGACCUACUUUCGAUCCCGGCACUUCAAGGUCGAACAACACUGACGAAUUACUGAAUGAAAAAUGGAAUGGUCACAACUAGCCCUUUUUAUAUUAAAACAAGUCCCAAUGAUAUCAAUUGUUAUGGAUCGUUUGAUUUUAGUGUGCAUCAGAAAGAAGUGGAUUGAGUUAAAUAUACAAAAAUGCAAGCUGAAAGUAUUUGCACUAAUGAUAUUGAGGGUCUGGACUCAGACACCCUUAUUCCUAUACUUCAUAGGUUGAAAUUCUUUCCUGUGAUGUAUCUCAUCGAGCACGUUCUCAAGAUGCCUUAUCAAUAGUGGAAUUAGGAAAGCAGUUACUUUUUAGUGCAAAAUAUGGGGAUACUGACAGUGUCCGAGACCUAAUGUGCAGAGGUGCACCAUUCACUACGGAUUGGUUGGGUACAAGUGCAUUACAUUUUGCUGCACAAAAUAAUCAUACAGAAACUGCUGAGGUUUUACUUAGAGCAGGAAUUUCAAGAGAUGCAAGAACAAAAGUGGAUAGAACGCCUUUACAUAUGGCUGCAUAUGAAGGCCAUCAUCAAAUGACACAGUUACUUCUUAAUUAUGGUGCAGAUGUCGAUAGCAGAGAUAUGUUAAAAAUGACACCUUUACAUUGGGCGGUAGAAAGGGAACAUGUAGAAGUAAUGCAUGUUUUAUUAGAACAUGGAGCAGAUGCAAAUGCAACUAGUAAAUUUGACAAAACACCAAUUAGUCUUGCAUUAGAACAUGAUAGGCUAGACUUAGUAGACAUAUUGCAACAAGAAAGAGAAAUUGUAGGUAUUAGAGCACAUCAACAAAAUCAAGCAAAUUCAGCAGAACUUGAGGUAGCAACUCAUAAUUUAAUACAGUUAGAAUCUGAAAGAGAGGAAGAACAACAAAAAUUUGAACUUCCACAGCAAGACUCACAACAAAAAAAAAAGAUUACACAAGUGCAAGUGGGAAAAAAGCCACGAAUGAUCUUUCAACAAAUUCAUGUUGGACCAAAUGUUGAUGUUGAUCGAGAAAAAGAAAUCGAAGGUGUGGGUGAAAUUACUGAUACAAAUAAUAUUAAUAAUAGCAAGAAACGUAAAGAUAUUACAACUAUUGGGGGAAUCAACAAAAAAUUUAGGUUAUUAGAAGCACAUGGAAUCACAAUGAUACCUGUAGAUAAUGACUCAUCUAUUGUUGAAAAUGCAAUGGAAAGUGGAAGAACAGUUGUUUUAACUGAAGCAGGUAAACUUGCUCUAAACUUAACAAGAAAUUCUUCAAUAGGAAUGAAACGACUUCACGUAACUGGAAAGAAAGGGACUCCUAGGAAAGUGAUAGCAAUUAGAGCAGAUCAAAUUUUAAGUCAUAAUACACCCACCCUCACAUCCAGAGGACCCAAUAUAUUGAAAAGAUCUUCUGUGGAUAAUAAAGCCGGAAAAUUGUUCAUUUCUUCAAUUUCUAGUACUACGCCUGUAUCAACACUUACACAAUCUAAAAACUUGAUAUCUCCAUCAGAGAGUAAAAUCAUUAAUUCGCCCGCAAAAAUGACGGAACCAAUAAUUUUACAAUUAGACGAUGAUAUAGAAGAAAUCGUCGAAGAUGAUCCAACGCAUGAUAAUGAACCAGUUAUGGAUAUUGCGCUAUUGAAUAGACAAUUAGCAGAAGCACGAAGACAAGCAGCUGAGUAUCGUAAACGGCUUCAAAAAAAAGAGGAAGAAGCUGAAAUAUAUAAACAGCAACUUAAAACUAUUACAGCGCAAAGGGCAUCCAAGUGAUUUUGUAUAAGUAAAUAUUUUAUCUUAAGUUUCAUUUAUUGAGCCCUCCUUUAUAUACAAAAAAUAUCUUCCCUGGCUUUUGAGUUUUGUACAAGAUUUCAUUUGAAAAUUAUGCUCUAAUAUUUUAAUAUAUUUUCUCAUUGUCUUAUCUCAAAGCAUUAUAGUAGUAUUUAUACGAGCCUCUCGUUACUAACUACUUACUUUCGUAUAGAUUAUUUUAUGAAUCUACAAGAUUCAUUAAAUCGGUAUUAUUAAUACUCUUGAUUUAUAUCAGAAAAUUGAGUUGGCCGUAUUACAGGGCAUAAUCCUAUAUUAUUUAAUAUAUGCAUGCUUUUUAAAAGCUGCAAAUUAUAUGUGUGCGUGCGGGCGUGUGUGUGCAUGCGCACGCACGUGUGUAUGUGAAUGCGUGAUUAAGUCUGAUUUAUACAGUACACAAAUGUUUUUUAAAAAUAAAUGUAAAUAUAUACAAAGCAUCAAUUUGCUUUCCACAUAAUAUCUUGCAAUUGAUUAUAAUCGCUUUCAUAAUAUAAUAUCACUACCUUCAAAAUAUUUUUUUACAUUAAAUUAUACAUUCAUCACACUAAUAAAAGAAACACAUUAUUUAUUGUUUUAGCUACAUUUAUUACAAAUUACUAUUAGUAAACAGUACUUUCUUCAUUCUCGAGAUUACAUCAUUUUCCCACUAAACACAUAUUUCUAGGCAAUAUUAAGAAAAUAGUAUAAAAAUAAAUAGUACUACAAUAAAAUACGUUUUUAAAUUGUACAUGAUCUAUUUUAUAUAUAGUGAAUUUUUAUAUACAUUUUAAGGUUACAUAAUAAUUA